AUGGUGUCUCACAUUCUCACUCUCGCCGCAAUGGCAGCCUAUGUCACAGCUUUCAACUGCACACGGGAGCAUCUGCAAGAUGUAGCAAACCAGUAUAUCGGCAUGAUGGCGACGGGCCAACACGACCGCUUCGAGAACCUCGCGUACACCAUGGUAUACGUCGAAAACAACAAGACAUUGUCAAUUCUCAACGGCACUCCAGCUUUCGGUAUGACCAUUGACACCAACCGGUCCCUUUACGACACGACACAAUGCAAGACAUUUACGGAGAUUAUCGUCACGGACCCGCUACAUCCAUAUGUCAUUCAUACGCAAAUGACUCUCGACAACGAGGGAAAUGUGCAAUUAAUUGACAGUCUGGUCACGGACAAAGGCGACUGGGCGUUCAAUGCUACAGGAUAUCGGUACUGGAACAGUCAAGAGAAGUGGGACCCUAUUCCCGAGACCGAGCGCAUAUCUCGCGAAGCUAUUAAGGCCGCCGGCGACGCUUACGCGGAUCGAUGCAACGAUGUUACGGUGCAGGUACCCUUUGGAACGCCUUGUGCACGGCUCGAAGGCGGCGCGUACACUGGUCGAGGAAAUUUGUCAGCGAAUACGUGUAACAUUGGCGGGCUUCCGGAACACAUUCCAAUGCUCAGCCGUAGAUACGUUAUUGAUGAGGUGAUGGGCGUCGUAGACAUCUUCUUAGGAUUUACAGGCUUGGAUCGCACGAGGCCAAAGGAAGGCACACCAGAUAGCCACCUGUUCAGGGUCGAGCAGGGCAAGAUACGGUACAUUCAUACUGUGAGCGCAUGUUUUGUUGACGGCUGCGGCAUGAAUGGAACUGGAAUUCCACCCGGUAUUGGUCGCUGA